GUUGCUUCCGGGUCAAGAUGGCGGCUGCGUUCUUGUUGCUUCGCGCUCUCCGCCUGGGUCCCGGGCCAGGGCCUGGGCGGCUGCGGGGCCCCUACUCUGGCUGGAACCCAGGCAGCUCCGCCAAGACCGGGUGGAGGUGGCCGUAUGUUGUCCACAGGCCUCUGAUGGGUGUCGUCGGGCCUGGAGGACGAGUCCUGCAGAGUUUCCAGUUGCGACUGCUAACCCCUACGUUUGAAGGAAUCAGCAGAUGGUUGGUGAAACAGCAUCUCGUCCAGAAUCCAGUCGGACUCUGGAAACUUCUAGGAGGCACGUACUACUUUAACACCUCAAGGUGGAAGCAGAAGACUAAAGGCAGUGAUAAAGCCAAGGGGAGGAGCCCUGAAGAUGACGAAGAGGAGCGGCGGCGCCGGGAACGCGAGGACCAGAUGUACCGCGAGCGGCUGCGCACGCUCUUUGUCAUCGCUGUGGUCAUGAGCCUGCUGAACGCGCUCGGCUCCAGCGGCGGCAACAUCUCCUGGAGCGACUUCGUGCACGAGAUGCUGGCCAAGGGCGAGGUGCAGCGGGUGCAGGUGGUGCCCGAGAGCGACGUGGUGGAGGUGUACCUGCACCCCGGCGCCGUGGUGUUCGGGCGGCCUCGGCUGGCCUUGAUGUACCGAAUGCAGGUGGCAAACAUCGACAAAUUUGAAGAGAAGCUUCGAGCAGCUGAGGAUGAGCUGAAUAUCGAAGGCAAGGACAGGAUUCCGGUUUCCUAUAAGCGGACGGGAUUCUUUGGAAACGCCCUCUACGCCCUGGGGAUGACAGCUGUGGGCCUGGCCAUCCUGUGGUAUGUUUUCCGUCUGGCUGGAAUGACAGGACGGGAAGGCGGAUUCAGUGCUUUUAAUCAGCUUAAAAUGGCUCGCUUCACGAUUGUGGAUGGCAAGACGGGGAAAGGAGUCAGCUUCAAAGAUGUGGCAGGAAUGCAUGAGGCCAAGCUGGAGGUCAAGGAGUUUGUGGAUUAUCUGAAGAGCCCAGAGCGCUUCCUUCAGCUCGGAGCCAAGGUCCCGAAGGGCGCGCUGCUGCUCGGCCCCCCCGGUUGCGGGAAGACGCUGCUGGCCAAGGCGGUGGCCACAGAGGCCCAGGUGCCCUUCCUGGCGAUGGCUGGCUCGGAGUUCGUAGAGGUCAUUGGAGGCCUCGGCGCGGCCCGCGUGCGGAGCCUCUUCAAGGAAGCCCGCGCCCGGGCCCCCUGCAUUGUGUACAUCGACGAGAUCGACGCCGUGGGCAAGAGGCGCUCCACCACCGUGUCCGGCUUCUCCAACACGGAGGAGGAGCAGACGCUCAACCAGCUGCUGGUGGAGAUGGACGGAAUGGGCACCACCGACCAUGUCAUCGUCCUUGCGGCCACCAACCGAGCUGACAUUUUGGACAACGCUCUGCUGAGGCCAGGCCGACUGGACCGACACGUGUUCAUCGACCUUCCCACACUGCAGGAAAGGAGGGAGAUCUUUGAGCAGCACCUGGAGAGCCUGAAGCUGACGCGGGCCAGCAGCUUUUACUCCCAGCGGCUGGCGGAGCUGACGCCGGGCUUCAGCGGCGCUGACAUCGCCAACAUCUGUAACGAGGCCGCCCUGCACGCUGCGCGGGAGGGGCACACGGCCGUGCACACGUCCAGCCUGGACUACGCCGUGGAGCGCGUCUUGGCCGGGGCCGCCAAGAAGAGCCAGGUGCUUUCCAAGGAAGAGCAGAAGGUGGUGGCGCUGCACGAGUCGGGCCACGCCCUGGUGGGCUGGCUGCUGGAGCACACGGAGGCCGUGGGGAAGGUGUCCAUCGCGCCGCGGACCAACGCAGCCCUGGGCUUCACUCAGAUUCUCCCAAGAGACCAGCACCUCUUCACCAGGGAGCAGCUGUUUGAGCGGAUGUGCAUGGCCCUGGGCGGCCGCGCGUCCGAGUCCAUCUCCUUCAACAGGGUCACUUCCGGGGCGCAGGACGACCUGAGGAAGGUCACGCGCAUCGCCUACUCCAUGGUGAGGCAGUUCGGGAUGGCGCCCAGCAUCGGGCCUAUCUCCUUCCCCGAGGCCCAGGACGGCGUCCCAGGCAUCGGACGGCGUCCCUUCAGCCAGGGCCUCCAGCAGAUGAUGGACCAUGAAGCGAGGCUGCUGGUGGCCGCGGCCUACAGGCACACCGAGAAGGUGCUUCGGGACAACCUGGACAAGCUGCAGGCGCUGGCGAACGCCCUGCUGGAAAAGGAAGUGAUAAACUACGAGGACAUCGAGGCCCUCAUCGGCCCGCCCCCCCACGGGCCCAAGAGGAGGAUUGCGCCGCAGAGGUGGAGCGACGCCCAGAGGGAGAAGCCGGAGGCGGGGGAGGCGGAGGCGGCCGGCAGCAGCCCCUGCAGGGGGAGGAGCCGUCCUGGCCCCGGUAGCUGGACCACCUUGCUGGCCGCCGGAGCCGGUCCCUCCUCUCAGCCCUCGCUGGUCUCAGCUCAAGGCCCCUGAGAUCUAUUUAUUGACUUCCCUGCGCAGGACAAGUAAAUGUCUCUGCAGAGACGCACGGUUUCA